CACGAACUACGAAGUAUUGUCUUUCUACUGUAAGUAUAAUUAGGCCAAGGCUCACAGCCAGAAAGCUCAUUCAUCCAUUGCUUUCCAAUAUUACACACGAGUGUGCUUGGUCCUUUACAAGGUUGUCAUUCUUUUGGCCUGCAUAUACUCAAUCACAAAUCACCCAUCACGAUGCGCGACGGCAAGAAGACAGUACUGGUCAUCAACGGCCCAAACCUGAAUCUGCUCGGUACCCGUGAACCUCAUCUCUACGGUCACGAAACCCUCAGUGAUGUCGAGAACGCAGGUCAGAAGCAGGGCGAGCAGCUAAAUGCCAAUGUCAGCUUCUUCCAAAGUAACUGGGAAGGGGCAAUAGUCGACAAGAUCCAAGAGGCUAGGACCGAUGGGACAGACGGCAUCGUGAUCAAUCCCGGCGGCUUCACACACACCUCUGUUGCUAUCCGGGAUGCUCUUUUGGGUGUGUCUGUGCCGUUCAUCGAGUUGCAUGUCGCGAACAUUCAUGCAAGGGAGGAGUGGCGGCAUCAUUCCUAUUUUUCGGACAAGGCAAAAGCGAUCAUUGUCGGUUGCGGUGCGGCUGGAUAUGAAUAUGCGAUUGCUCAUGUUGUGAAUAAAUUUCCCGAGAAAGACAACAUUGCGAGUAAACUGUAG